GCGAUAUUUCGAUAUAUGCAAAUGUUAUCGUUAUCGAACUGACGUCGUGCAAGCGCCUCCACUUUUGAUUGUGACGUACCAAGGGGCCCGACAAAGCGAUUGACAUGUCUCCCAAAGGCGUAAACCUGGAUGCGCCGGCCUAGAAAAACAAAGCUGUUUGACACUUGGUGAGUCUCUGGUGAGCGGGUAAACAAAAUCUAGUAUUAAGACAUUGCAGUUGCAUUCAAUGCUGUGAAAGAAAUUUGUAAUUUUCGCAAAACCGAGCGAACUUUACGUUUUUUACACACACACACACACACCCCACACACAUACAAAGAGACAAGUGUUUAUGUUGCGUUCGCUUGGAACGAAACGGAAUGAAACACUGGCAUUGAAUCUUGAGAAUGCAUUAGUUGUCAUUUGUUGUGAUAUAUUUUGCUUGUUUUCAUUUGUUUCACAUGCGACUUUCGAAUUUCCGUGAGAAUUCCCGACGAUUUCCAUAAUGGGAUCACGCUAUAUGGUCUAUUGGCGCGUCUACGUUUAUUCCAACAACUUGUACUCGCUGCCGGAACGCGAAUCGCGCAGCUUUCGCGACUGCACGCCUCUGAUGUACAGACGCAAUUCGGAUGAGGUGCAUCGGCUGCUGAGCUUUGCCAAUCGGGAGCUGUCCGUGCUGCUGUGCAACACCCAGACGGAGCUGCUGACCGUAUUCGAUGUCCUGCUGGAGCUGAUCUUGGAGAUCAAUAUGAAGAGCUUGGAGUUUAAUGCCACGCUGGCCGGUUAUCUGGGACCCAAGACGAAUCACUUUGUGCACGAGCUGAUCAACUUCGCCCGCUCGCCCUACGACGAUUUGAUCAGCUAUGAGUGCAAUGUCCAAUAUAGCGCACGCCCCUUGGACGGUAGCGAGGGGUUGGGUAUGCUGCCCAUUAUCCUGAACUUUGUGGACUUCUCGAUGUACGUGGACGAGGAUGAGUGCGUGAGCUUCACGGCAGAUUUGGAUGUGGAGGACGAGGACCCCGAUGAGGUUGAUGAGCUGGCGGAUCUGACCGAUCUGAAUGCACCCUUGCUGCUCGAACUGCGACGCCUGCUUGCCGAGCGCAACAGCUCGUCCGCCGCCACAACACUUGCACCCCAGCCGCAGCGUCCAACAAGUCAGGCACAGAGCCAGUCUUCGAGCGAACUGUCUGUACAGGCAUCUGCCUCCUCCUCCUCGUCGUCGUCGACGACGGCAGCAGCAGCAGCAGCAGCAGCCACCACAUCCAACCUGAUGUCCAACGGCAUGCUAGCCCAGGACAUUGGUCUCGAGGUGGCCAUCGAGCGCAGCAUGCUGGACCGUCUGGGCUCCGAUUACUUCUUGCCACAGCGCUCCCAGCAGAUGGUGUCCAGUGCCAGUGCCAGAUACGCGCGAAAUUUGGCCACAGUCGGCAACAGGAGCACAGAUGCCGGAAAUGCUGCUGCGGCGGCUGCGGCAGCUGCUGCCGUUGCCAAUGCAACGCGCGUGGCACAGAAUACGGGCGUCAAUCCGGGUCUCCGAGCUGCCCUAAGGUCGGCGCCAAGGCCGCGGAGCAGCAGUGUGGCGCCCAAACGGCGACGUACCACCAAUCGCGAUCUCGAGCGUUAAGCCCUAAAUUAGAUGGGACUGCCCGACUCUCUCUCUCGAACACACUCGCACACACAGACAAACACAAACACACACGCACACAGACAGCUGCAAAUGCAAUUUGAGCAUGUGGCGCGUUACUUUUGGCUGCGUCUCUUGUGUAUUAUUGUGCACAUCUAUAAUAAAUAAAAGGCGCUUAACGAAUUUCAUGUUGAAUAACGAAAA